CUCUCGAGUAUCGACGAUGUCUGGGGAGGAUGGAAUCCCAUUGCGACGCACCAGUAGCAGAUUUGGUAGACCUAGUGGUGGUGGAGGAGGCGGCUCUCCCUCGAAUACGUCGUCAUCGUCCUCUGGCUCUAAUAAUCCAUUCCUUCGAGCUGAGUCGGAGUUGAGGGACAUCCCUGUGGGCAUGCUCAACAAUGGAUAUUAUGAGAGGUUCUUCAAGGAAUCGCCACAACGGCUCGGCUCGGGGUCAUUCGGAACAGUGUAUCACUGCGAGCACGUCAUAGACGGGGUGAUGCUCGGCGACUAUGCCGUUAAGAAGGUCCCAGUAGGGGACAAUAGGAUCUGGCUCAGGAAGAUGGUUCGAGAGGUGAAGACUCUUGAGAGGAUUGCGGCUCAUCCCAAUAUAGUGUCGUAUAAGCACAGCUGGUUGGAACUCCAUCGUUCUAAUGAAUUCUGUCCCUACGUACCACACCUUUUCAUACUCAUGUCAUUCUGUGAUGGUGGCUCUCUGGCGGACAGAAUAUUCGGGUCGCCUGGAGGCCAACCCUUCCCCACAGUAGAGGCAAUACGACGAAGGCGUCGUAGUUUACUCAAGUUGGAAAGUGGCCAGAGUCAGCAGCGAGAAGAUGAUGUCUCCUCAGCAGCAGCAGCAGUACCGGGAGAGUACAGCGAUCCGCGGAGACUAUCGGAUGGACAAAUAUGGCAGUGGUUCGUCGACAUAGCUAGAGGCUUGCAGCACCUACAUCAUUUAGGAGUUCUUCAUCGUGAUAUAAAGCCCACGAAUAUCCUGCUUACAUCUGAUCCGGAUCGUAUGGCCCGUAUGGACGGUUCUCACUAUGUUCUGGGCAGCGGCCAGAAGGGACUAAGAGCGAUGGUCAGCGACUUUGGCACUGCUGAGCUCGCCGCUGGGGGGACGUCUGAGUCCCAUACUGGCUUUACUGGCACGGUGGAAUUCACAGCUCCAGAGGUGCUUCGUGCGGCGUUCCUGAAUCCUGAUAAAGUUGUCUACGAUGAGAGAUGCGAUAUGUGGUCAUUGGGAAUAGUGCUUUAUGCUAUGUGCUAUAACCAGGUAUUGGGAAAUGUAUGUUCGCUUUCCUCGGCUGAGUCUGGGAGGUUCAUCACGAAUAUACACAUUCGAGUAGAAUGCAGAAAAAUCGAUGAGAAUCUCCUCAAUUUCCCUCCAGAAUUUCCACAAAUGUCACCUACAGAUAUAGUUGUAUAGAUAUAGUAUAGCACGCCCUUAUCCCUACGUGGUAUGUUCCCAUUUAGCCGGGUUUGUAUCUGUAUCGCGGCCUGCCGAGGUCAGGUACCCAUGUAUGAUAGCGACCCUCAGAAGUGUGCAGCUAUAAUAAGGGAUUGUGUAAGUCUGGAUGCUCUCAGAGAAUCCUAACAUCGGGCUUUGGCAGUAGUCUUCAUCACUGCGUGGUUAAACUGACAGCCCUUCGUGCCUUAUGUCUAUCGCUGUUCUCUCAGCAUACGGCUCUAACAGGCCCACGGAACCACGCAUCUAGAGGAGACCUGCCGAUGAUGAUACAGGCCUUGACACAGCCCGACCCACGGCGUAGACCUAACUGUGACGAUGUACUUGGGCAACCUCUGGUGAAGGCCUUGGCUGAGCAAGUGGCCCAUCUAGCAUUUAACUGAGCUGCUUAGUAUUGUUAUUGUUCAUGCCGCGACUUGUGUUAAUUUCGCGAGCACUGACUAUAUGCAACGAUAGAGUUUCCGACGAUCAUUACAUUUGUCU